CAGCAGGGAGGGAGGGUAAAUUCCCCCCACCCACAGCUCCUGCCUCCCACGGAGCCUGGCCCGCAGGCGGGUCGCUCGUGAGCGCCCUCAGCAGGGCACCGGCCGAGACUCCCUCUAGGACCCGGGGGAAGCUGAUCGCGGGCAGUGGCCGGAAUGCAGCCCCUGCGCAACGCCUGAGAUGUCUGAAUAAUUCCAGCUCUUGGGAACCUGGGGCAUCCCGAGCAGCCGCCGCAGCCAUGGAGGCGGGGUGGGGGUUUGCCCUUAGCGGCUGCAGGAGACAGAGCAAAGCCACUGCAGCUGGCCACUAGGAGCAAGGCAGUCUCUGUGCACGCUCCGCGGGCCAGCCCCCUUUGCCCCGGGAAGGAGGAUGCACGCCGCGGCUUUGAGAGAUGUGGCUGAUUUUAUGCAAGCAUCAGACCUGGGCUGCGUCUGGCAGGGCGGCUGCUGAGGCGGCUGCUGCUCUUGCCCAGCUUUGGGCUGGCUCCCUUUGUGCAUUGAUUGACCAUUGAGAAGCUCCCCACCCCCUCCAGAUCCCCUAUCCUAGGGAGCCUGACAGUAGCCAGUCGAGCCCGGCGGGAGGAGGGGGUCGGGGGAAAGUUGCAGCUCAGCUGCGGCUGGUGAGGAGAUGCAGGCUGAGACUGACCUGCAGGGGGGAGAGGUGGUUACUGUGUCCAGGAGGGGCAGAGCCCCGUGGGCAGCUGCAGAAUCCAGGUCCAAGUGAAGAAGUGCAACGCACAGCACCAUGAAGCUGCGGCUGCGGCAGGGCCUGGCGGUGCUGCUGGCCUGGGGGACCUUGUGUAUCUGCCUUGUUUCAUGUGAGGAGCCUACUGCUGAGGGUCUCACCUCAACCUCCUUGGUGGAGUUUACAAUGAUGUCCCAUCUGGAGCUACUGGAUUCCAGUGAGCAAAGCAACCUGGAGGCCACGGAGCCUGACCCUGUCCUCAGUGCCCUGCAUGCCUCCGCGGGAUCAGGCUUUGCCAGUGAGGAGAAUGAGGAGUCCAAGAUCCUACAGCCCCCCCAGUACUUCUGGGAAGAUGGGGGAGAGCUCAACGAUUCCAGCCUGGAUCUGGGUCCAGCAACAGACUACAGUUUUCCAGUUACCUCUCAUAAGGCUCUGCCCAAGGGAAACAGGACGCAAGUUAAGGACAACUGGGAAACCACCCCCCUUCAGCCGUCAUCUGAUUCCAUGGAGCCUGACCCAAAUACACCUUUCAGCAGUGCUCUGGAGGAAGAGGAAGGGCUGCUCCCCAUAAAUCAGUCUAAGGGAGGGCAACAGAGCAGCCAGACUCAAUGGCCAAAGGACAUAUCUUCAGAAGCAGCUGGCCAGGAGGACUCCUUGUUCUCCCUCCUGUUCUCCACAGCCUCCAGCAGACUGAGUGUUGUGACUGAGGCAGCUGUAGGAAGCCAAGAGGAGGACUCUCUUCCUGAGCACACUUCUUCGGGCUUUGACCUAGGGAGUAGCAUGGGGCCAAGUCUGCUGCCUGUGUCCUCCAUCCUGUCGGUCACCACUGCAGUAUCCCAAGGUGUCACAGAACAUUCCACCCAGGUGACUUCAGAAAAUAUUGGGACUACAGUGGGAGUCGGAGUGGAGCUAGCAGGGAGCGUGGCAACAGCAGAGUCCACACAGACCCUGGUGGGAGCUGGAGUGGAGACCACAGAGCUCCCAGUGAGAGGGGAGCUCAUUGAGCCGUCAAUACGAGAAGAAGGGCAGCAAGUGGGGCCCACAGUGUUAACUGGAAUGGAGCAAACGGAGGAAGCUCCUGAGGUAACAUCACCUGGAGGCAGCUCCCAAAAUCCCAAGAUUGUUUCUGGUAGUGGUGAUGGCCCCGCAAAUGCCAGCUCCUCGGCGGCUUCCUUGGAUAGGUCUGACGAAUCAGCUGCAACCCCUGCUCAGAAUGGCGUGAAGCUGGCUACUGAGACCAUGGCAGCAGGGCGGAGCUUUGUGCCACAGACCGGGGACACUCACCUGGAUGUGCUGUCAACAGGACUGCCCUGGAACUCGGCACAGGUGAUCUGCAAGGACUGGAGUAACCUGGCAGGGAAAAACUACAUCAUUCUGAACAUGUCUGAUAACAUCGACUGCGAGGAGUUUCGGCUGGAGAAGGGUCCCCAGCUGCUGGCUCUGGUGGAGGAUGCCUUCUCCAGGCAGACAGAUGGACUGCAGGCCCAGUGGCUGAUCUCUCUGAGCAAACCCAAUGAGAAUGACAAGCACCUGCUAAUGACCUUGGCAGGGGAGCAAGGUGUCAUCCCUACAAAAGAUGUCCUGAUGGCACUGGGGUAUGUUCAGAGGAGCUUAGCCGAGAUUGGCAUCCAGAACUACUCAACCACCACAAGCUGCCAGUCACGGCCCAGCCAGACUCGCAGCGACUAUGGGAAACUCUUUGUGGUGCUGGUCAUCAUCGGUUCCAUCUGUGCCAUCAUCAUCAUCAUGGGGCUUAUCUACAAUUGCUGGCAGAGGCGCCUGCCCAAGAUGAAGAACAUGUCACACGGCGAGGAGCUGCGCUUUGUGGAGAACGGCUGCCAUGACAACCCCACCUUGGAUGUGGCCAGUGACAGCCAGUCGGAGAUGCAGGAGAAGAAGACCAGUGUGAAUGGCGGAGGUGCCAUCAACGGCCCCAAUGGCUGGGAUGUCCUGAUCACCAAGCGGGCGAGUGAGGACGCAGAUGUAUUUGAAGAAGAUACACAUCUUUAAAAAGAGAAACAGCUUAAAUAUAUGUCUAUCCUUUCUUGACUUAAGGACAGUGAGGUGAGGGGCAGCUUCUCAGGAACCUCUUAUAUGGCUUGGGACAGAGCUACUCUUUCUUGUCGUGAUCCUGAGGCUGCAUCCGAAUCCUGGAGCAAGAAGGCUCACUGGGAGUGGAGGGAGGCGGGUGGGGUGCUGGGGUGUGUAUGUGUAUGUGUCUUUUGCUAUCAGUAGCGCCAAUGCUUUUUUCAUCACUUUUAAAUGCACUUACUUAGCUCUCUGGUAGCGGCUGAGAAUGGCUGGGUGUGAGAAAUAAAAUGAUGAGGCUAAGAUGGACUCCAAGUGACUGGGGAGUCAACUCACACUGGGUGCCCAGCAGGGAGAUGGCAGGCCAGACCCUGACCUCACUGGCUCCUGGAGCUGGAAUCAGAAUCUGUCCCAGCAGGUGCAAUAGGAAAAUCUGGGUCUUGUUCUGGAUCUGGGAAGCGAAGAUUCAUUUGAAGUUCUGGGCAGAAAGUUUGCAUUCUGUGCAUGUAUGAAGAUCAGAUAUUCUCUGGUGCCCUUGCUUUAGCUUCUGAUGAGAUGGGCUGCUGUGUUGUUCAGAUGAAAACAUUUUCCUGUGACCUCUCACCUCUGCCUAAUACCCCCCAAAUCCCUUUUUGGUUCCACAAGCACGAUGUUGAACCUGAAAAGUUUGAGCACUUUAACCUAGCCUGGUUUGGCUGGAUGAUUGCAGAGAAUUCAGUGCUGCACUGCAGGGCCUCUGUUGGUACUUCAGUGUGGGGUGGGAAUUCAUCUGAAAAGGACAAUUGCCUACCUUCUGGCAUCUUGGGAGGUCACAUCAGCAAAAGAUCCCUUGUCUAAAUCUUAGAGUAGGAGGCCUUUUCUGCUCCUAUCCCAUUUUCCAUGGUCGUGGCCUCCAGCUGUGGGUUGAUCUCGUGAGAUGAACAUACAGAACAGCUAGGACAUCUUACUGAAGGAAAAUAAGAUCCAGAGAUUGAAAACUUCCCCCUUCCAUUUGGGACCGUACCAUAUCUGUUUCAAGGGAGAAGAUUCUAGUCUCACUCACAUCGGUAUAAAGCAUGAGUAAUUCCACUGACGUUAUUGCAUUUAACCUAGUAUAAAAGUCAGUGUGAGGUCAGAAUCAAGCCUAAGUGCCCAUAUGUGCGCUUCUCAGGCUUGCCUUGGGCAAACCUUAAGGCCCCAGCUCCCUGAGGAUGUGAUAAAAUGAACUUGAAUAUUCAUAACUGUGCUCCCAGCCCUGCCUAAAUCAUGAUGCUCAAAAUUACUGCUCUUUAAUUUGAAAUGUUUUGUCCCUUUUUUUCUCCUCAUUGUUUCAUGGACCUGGGUCCAAAAUAAAUACAUAAGAAAUUCCCCUCUUCACCCUGUUUUGCAUAUCUCCAUUUUCAGGCUGGCUGGCUGCCUGCGGCAAGAUGCUAUUAAAGUUUGGUCUUUAAGGGAAUAACUGUACAAAAAGAGCCAAAUGUAUUUAAUGAGGAUUAGCUAUUCACUUGUAAUUCAAAUCUAUCUAUGUCUGUAGGAUGCUCCUCACUGAUAUCUGAGUGCUGAAAGUGAGGAUAUAAAUGAGAUUGUUAAUACAGAUUAAUUUUUGCAUAGCAUCUUCCAUACAAACUGACUCCCAAAUCAACUGAAUUGAAUAAUGCAGGACUAUAAUUAGUCAAUGUUGUGGAAUCAAGAACCACUAUGUUGAAAAUGCUUUGAGGUUCUUCAGGAUGAAGAGAUGCUAUAUAAAAUGUAAGACGUAUGGUGAAUAAAUAAAACAUUGAGUUAAAUUAUGUGUUUAUUCUGCACCUAGCAGAAUGGGGCCAACCUGCCUGUGGCCUUUAAGCAGCCCCACAGUAUAAUGUUAAUAAUAUAGCUACUAAUCCUCAUUAAAUAUGUUUAAUAUUCAGUAGCUACUAUAAAAAAUAAAAUCAUAUUAAAUCAAACAUGGUGUAGGACACCCACACAAAAUACAUUUUUCCUUGUUGGUUUCCCUCACUCGUUCCUUCAGUGCUGGGCUGCUUUGCCACUGUUGUUUCAUAUCCUCUCACUAUGUACAGAGACAGCAGAGAACUGAUCAGCUAAUACUUAAGCCCAACUGACAUAAGUCAGCAUUUGUUGAGAUGGCAGGGAGCCACCAAACUUUAAAUUGUUAAAGGUUUGUCACCAAGGCUUAUUAAUUAGCAGCUGUAGCCAGGAGCGGCUCUAGGCACCGGCAAAGCAAGCAGGUGCUUGGGGCAGCCCAUUUGCAGGGGCGGCAGCUGGCAGGG